ACAGAUGGCCAUCACUUCCGGAUUCUCUGUACGCAUGUGAGACAGUUGGUAACACGUUUGUUUUGCAACUAUUGUAUUUGUCCAGAUGAAGUAAACAAAUGCGCUUCAUUAACUGACUGGAAAUCAAGUUGUUUGGCGUAGCUAUUUCGCAGUGAAAAAAGUAUCGCCAAGGACAGAUAGGAGAAGAUGGAGGGGAAGGAGCCAAAGAAGGAACAGAAGCGGCACCAGCAGAAGCACAGCGGGCCCAAGGCGGAGAGGAAGAAGAGCAGGAAGCAGCUGGGAACUCCAGCCGGAGAUGACGAGCGCAAGAGGAACCCCAAAGCGUUUGCGGUCCAGUCAGCAGUGCGCAUGGCCAAAACCUUCCACAGAGCCCAGGACCUAAAGGCCAAGAAGCAUCACAUACCCCUGGUGGACCGCACCCCUUUAGAACCUCCCCCGAUAGUGGUGGUCGUGGUAGGACCCCCCAAGGUGGGCAAGAGCACCCUCAUCCGCUGCCUGAUCAAAAACUUCACACGGCAGAAACUAGGGGACAUCUGCGGGCCUGUGACCAUCGUCUCUGGAAAGAAGAGGCGUCUUACCUUCAUCGAGUGUAGCAAUGACAUCAAUACAAUGAUUGACUUGGCAAAGGUUGCUGACCUGGUGCUGAUGCUCAUUGACGCCAGCUUCGGCUUUGAGAUGGAGACCUUUGAGUUCCUCAACAUCUGCCAGGUGCACGGCUUCCCGCGCAUCAUGGGCGUGCUCACCCACCUAGACUCGUUCCGCAAUAACAAGGCCCUUCGCAAGACCAAGAAGCGGCUCAAGCAUCGCUUCUGGACUGAGGUCUACCAGGGUGCCAAACUCUUCUACCUGUCCGGAAUGGUGUACGGAGAGUACCAGACCCAGGAGGUCAAGAACCUGGGCCGCUUCAUCUCCGUCAUGAAGUUCCGCCCGCUGGUGUGGCAGCAAUCUCAUCCCUACGUCGUGGCCGACCGCAUGGAAGAUUUGACGGACCCCGAGAUGAUGAGGGUGGACCCCAAGUGUGAUCGUACUGUAUCUCUCUAUGGCUACCUGAGGGGGACAUACUUGAAGAGUAAAGGCCAGGUCCAUAUCCCUGGUGUGGGGGACUUUGCGGUGGCAGACAUCAGCUUCCUGCCAGACCCCUGUGCUCUGCCUGAAGCGCAGAAGAAGAGGGCGCUGAACGAGAAGGAGCGGCUGCUCUACGCUCCCAUGGCGGGGGUCGGGGGGGUCGUGUACGAUAAGGAUGCAGUGUACAUCGACCUGCCCGGAGGCCACGUCAAUCAAGAACAGGAGGAGGUCCGUCCCACCACAGAGUUGGUCCAAUCCCUCAUCGGUACACACACCACCCUGGAUGCCAAGAUGGCCGCCAGCAAAGUGUCACUAUUCACAGGGGCGACUGCCCUGACCCCCGGGGAAGUGGAGGAGGAGGAGAAUGGGCUGACGUCAGGACCCCAGGAGAGCCGAGUCUGGGACCCUGAGACACAGAGAGAGAGGAGGAAGGCUGUCUUCACUGAAGAGGAAGAUGAUGAUGAUGACAGCGAGGGUAGCAGUGACGAAGAGGGGGAUGAGGAAGGAGAGUCUGAAGAAGAGGAUGAGGGGGUAAACAAGGGGGAAGAAGAAGAAACUGUUUUGAAGAAAGAGGCUAAGGACAAAACUGAACCAAAAGAGAAGCAAGAAAUAAAGACCAUCCCUCCAGUGAAGAGACAGAAGAUGGAGGAAAGGAAAGCGGAGAAAGAGCCAGUGGUGGAGGUACCUGCCUUUGCAGAUAGUGAGGAUGAGCUGGAAAUGAGUGAGGAGGAGGAAGGGGGCAAGGGAGAGCAGGAGAGUGAAGGAGAGGAAAGUGAUUCGGAGGGGGAAGAAGAUGAAGAAGACGGUGCAGUGGAAAAGGGUGAUCUCAAACCAAUAGACUCGGGUCAUUGCUCGGAGGAGGAGGAUGCGAGUGAUUCAAUAGAAGAUGACUGUGAAACCAUUGUCUCGGGCAAAGAAAGCAAGAAGUCAAAGGCCACCUCCAAAAUGGAAGAGGAAGAUGAGGAGAUGGAGGGAGGAGAGCUGUGCUAUGAAAGUGCAGGGGCACUGCGGUGGAAGGAGGGUCUGCAACAGAAAGCGUCGGAGGCGUUUCUACGGCAACAGCGCGCCGCUCCCAACCUGCGUAAACUGGUGUACGGCACAGUGGCAGAGGAUGAUGGUGAUGGUGAUGGGGAGGAGGAUGAGGAGCUGGGAGGGCUGUUUCGAGUCAGCCGCCCCGAGAAGGGCAAGAAGCAUCGUACGGACGGUGUGGACUGCUCCCGUUUUGACCCCGAUGCCGCUCACAAUUGGGACCUGGAAGAGAUGCUGGACUCGAUACGGGACUGUUUUGUGACGGGGAAAUGGGAAGACGAUCAAGAUGCUGCUACAUUGCUGAAAGAGGAUGAGGAGCUGUAUGGCGACUUUGAGGACUUGGAGACGGGGGCAGUGCACAAGGGGAAAGCUGGCAAGCAGAAGGACCAAGCCAAGGAAGAAAGUGAGGAGGAGGAGGAGGAGGAGAAGCUGAUCAAGGUGGACGACGAGACCCAGAAGAACAAGCGUCUGGAGAAGAAACGGCGGCUGAAGGAGCGUUUCGACACGGAGUAUGACGACGGAGACGCCACCUACUUUGACGACCUCAAGGAGGAGAUGCAAAAACAGGCAGAGCUGAACCGGGCUGAGUUUGAGGACGUGGAUGACGAGACACGGGUCCAGUACGAGGGCUUCCGGCCUGGCAUGUAUGUCCGUCUGGAGAUCCCCUCCCUGCCCUGCGAGUUUGUCACCAACUUUGAUCCCCACUAUCCCAUCAUCCUCGGGGCUCUAGGUGCCAGCGAGGGGAAUGUAGGCUACCUGCAGAUGCGGUUAAAGAAACAUCGAUGGCACAACCGUAUCCUGAAAACGCGCGACCCCCUCAUCCUGUCCCUGGGCUGGCGUCGCUUCCAGACCAUCCCCCUGUACCACAUCGAGGACCACAACGGGCGCCACCGCCUGCUCAAGUACACACCGCAGCACAUGCACUGUGGUGCCACCAUCUGGGGUCCCAUCACACCUCAGGGCACUGGCUUCCUGGCUGUGCAGUCAGUCUCAGGAACUAAGACCAGUUUCCGCAUCGCAGCUACAGGAGUUGUCCUUGACCUGGACAAAUCUGUGACCAUAGUCAAAAAGCUCAAGCUGAUUGGCUACCCAUACAAGAUCUACAAGAACACAUCCUUCAUCAAGGGGAUGUUCAACACCGUGCUGGAGGUGGCGAAAUUCGAAGGGGCUUCCAUCCGAACUGUCAGUGGGGUCAGAGGUCAAAUUAAGAAGGCCCUGUCAACACCGGCGGGAGCCUACAGAGCCACGUUCGAAGACAGGCUGCUGAUGAGUGACAUAGUGUUCCUGCGCUCCUGGUACCCGGUGUCAGUCCCUCAGCUCUACAACCCCGUGACCUCCCUGCUGAUGCCAGCGGGCCAGAAGGACAGUUGGUCGGGCAUGAGGACGGUGGGCCAGCUGAAACACGACCUGGGGGUCCGCAACAAGCCCAACACAGACUCACUGUACAAGCCGGUUGUGCGAGCGCAGCGCCACUUCAACAAGCUGCACAUCCCCAGGGAGCUGCAGAAGGCAUUGCCCUUCAAGAGCAAGCCCAAACAGGACCAGCCCAAGGGCAAGACGCCCAAGGACCUCCAGAGGCCCGCUGUCAUACGGGAGCCCCACGAGAGGAAGAUGGCGGCGCUGCUCAACGCGCUGAGCACGGUGCACAACUACAAGAGCAAGAAAGCGCACGUGGCGCAGCACGCUAAGCACAAGGACUUCCUGCGGCAGCGGGACAAGGCGGAGGAGGACAAGCUCAAGAGGCAGAAAGAGGCGAAGAAGAAGCUUUACCGUAUGAUGGGCCAGAAGGAGAAGAAGAGUCAGAGGUCCAGUCUGAAAGGGGCACCGCAGGAUGACUGAUUUUUAAAUCAAUAUGACUCUAAAAGACCAGUGUAAUAACUUUUUGGCCUUCCAAUGGAAUGGAAUAAUCCUCUGUUUAAGCAUAAUCUGUUGGGCUGCAGUGGAGUAGGUUGAAAUUGCCCCUAGAUGCUGAUCUUGGGUCAGUUUAGCAUUUUCCCCGCUGAUGGUUAAAGUGAUACAUUGGGAUUUUAGCAAUUAAGCCUUUUGUCUACUUCCCUAGUCAGAGAAACUCAUUCAUGGAUACCAUUUUUAUGUCUCUGCAUCCAGUGUGAAGGAAGGAUUGGGGGAGGGGAAGCUGAUCCUAGAUCUGUACCGAGGGUAAUCUUCACCCAGAGCGUCUUCAGUACUGGGGUUGGAGUGUAAAUGCAAGGAAUGGAUGAACAUCCUUCUUCAGCUUCUGUAGCCUGGUUGUGUAAUGUGGUUUUUCAAUGCCAGUUAUUGACACCUCAUUUCAAGUGGUUCCAUAGAGGAACCAGAAAGAACUGUAUAUUAGUCAUAUCUCUACCACUCGUCUAGCUUCAAUCGUGUGGUGUUUUAAUAAAAAAUAUUACAAAAAUA